CCCGCGCAGUCUUAUACAUGCAUUGAACGCGCGCGCAAGUUUUGAAUUUUCUGACGGUGGAUACAGUGAUUUAUGAGUGAAUCAGGUACAAAUGAGGCUGGACUGAUACAACCAUGGCUCUGGGGACAGUGGCUUCGGUGGCCGCGAAGUCGGCUCUCACGAUUGCUGGUGUCGGCACCCUGAGUUUCAUACCACUAUUACUGGCAACCCUAGCAUACUUCAACUACGAUAUAAUAGACCCCGAAAAUAGACCUUUCAAUCAAAACACUCUUCGAGAGACCUACGAUUUUGUGAUAGUAGGCGGGGGAUCAGCAGGGUCGGUGCUAGCAAAUCGAUUGUCUGAAGUUGAGGGAUGGAACGUGCUAUUGUUAGAAGCUGGUGGACAUGAGACUGAAAUAACUGAUGUACCUCUGUUGUCAUUGUAUUUACACAAGAGUAAAUUGGAUUGGAAAUAUAGGACAGAACCACAGGACACUGCAUGUCAAGCCAUGAUAGAUAAACGUUGUGCCUGGACAAAAGGGAAAGUUCUCGGAGGCUCGUCGGUUCUCAACACUAUGCUGUAUAUACGUGGUAAUAAAAGAGACUUCGACCAAUGGGAGUCGUUCGGAAAUCCAGGCUGGGGAUAUGAAGACGUGCUGCCAUAUUUCAAGAAGUCAAUGGAUCAACGUAACCCAUAUUUAGCUAGAGAUGUUAGACAUCAUUCUACAGGUGGUUAUUUAACUGUCCAAGACUCUCCUUACAACACACCAAUCGGUGCAGCUUUUCUUCAAGCCGGUGAAGAAAUGGGUUAUGAUAUCGUGGAUGUAAAUGGAGCGCAACAAACUGGCUACGCCUGGUAUCAGUUAACUAUACGGCGUGGAACCCGUUGUUCCACUGCGAAAGCCUUUCUCCGUCCAGUUAGAUUACGUCAAAAUCUUCAUAUUGCUCUAUUUUCACACGUUACAAAAGUAUUGAUAGAUAAAGAAACCAAGAGGGCAUAUGGUGUGGAAUUCUUUAGAGAUGGUAAGAUGCAAAUUGUUUAUGCCAAAAAAGAAGUGAUUCUCUCUGCUGGAUCAAUUGGAUCUCCUCAACUUCUUUUACUAUCCGGAGUUGGACCUGAAAGCCAUCUUCGUGAAAUUGGCAUCGACGUUUUGCAUGACUCUCCUGGUGUUGGAAAAAACUUACAAGAUCAUAUAGCAGUAGGUGGUCUAGCCUUUAAAAUAGACUACCCAGUUAGUUUAGUCAUGAAUAGACUGGUAAAUAUAAAUUCUGCACUUCGCUAUGCUGUUACUGAAGACGGGCCUCUGACUUCGAGCAUUGGAUUAGAAGUAGUUGCCUUCAUAAAUACCAAGUAUGCAAAUGCCUCUGACGAUUGGCCGGAUAUUGAAUUCAUGAUGACUUCAUGUUCAACAAAUUCAGAUGGUGGUACGCAGGUCAAAAAAGCUCAUAGUCUCACUGAUGAAUUUUACAAUGAAGUCUUUGCUGAAAUUAAUAAUAAAGAUGUUUUCGGUAUAUUUCCUAUGAUGCUUCGACCAAAGAGUCGAGGAUUUAUUAAGUUGCGAUCUAAGAAUCCUUUUGAUUAUCCACUAAUGUUCCACAAUUAUUUAACGCAUCCGGAUGAUGUCGGUGUUUUGAGAGAAGGUGUUAAGGCUGCAAUAGCUGUCGGAGAAACUCAAGCAAUGAAGCGUUUUGGAGCCAGAUUUCACAGCAAACCUGUUCCAAACUGCAAACACCUUCCACUAUAUACAGACGAGUAUUGGGAUUGCCUUAUACGACAAUACACCAUGACGAUAUACCAUGUUUCAUGCACAGCUAAAAUGGGACCAUCUACUGAUCCUAUGGCAGUGGUUGAUCCUCAGCUGCGAGUUUAUGGCGUAGAAGGACUUAGAGUAAUAGACGCUAGUAUUAUGCCUACUAUCACCAAUGGGAAUAUUAAUGCUCCAACUAUUAUGAUUGGAGAGAAGGGUGCUGACAUGAUCAAAGAAAUAUGGCUACAAAAAAGACGUCGUAGGUCAAAUAGAUGUUCCAGAUUAGGACAAUUAGGUGUUAAGAGUAAACGUCAAUAUCCUCUUUGCAAGAUAGAGAGAUGACGUAAUAGUUAUAGAAAUCUAGACAAAACCAAGGGAAAUUAGGCCAUAUAAUCUGAUAUAUUAUUAGAGGGUAUUCGUUUUAACAUACAUGUGAUAUUAUAUUUUUCAUUAGUUUAUAUAAAACAACGUUAUCGGUUCUAGUCUUGGAUACAUAAGUAGGGAUGAAUUGCUGACAAUAAAAUAUGCUGAUCACGCCUAAUUAUUAAGUCAGUAGUAGUUAAUUUGUACAUUUAAGAUUACAUUAUUUUCAAUUAAGAGUUUGUAGCAAAUUAUACGUAAAAUGUUUAUGAAAUAUAUGAUGACCUUGAUUCGCAGCUUUGUUGUAUGGAAAAGGGACUUAAUUUUUUUAUAUUCAUAGUACCUAAUUUUUGUUGGACAUGACAAUAUCUACCAGUUAGUAUAAGGCUCAUGUGUAUGUCCUGACUGUAGGCUUAUGUAGUUCGCGAACGCAUUAGUUCGGAAGAGCGCUUCCAAAUAUGAACUACUUGAACUAGUUCGCACAUCUUUCAUUCUUUAGUUCGUUUGAUAAAACGCAACAGGUCAUGUUAAAAAAUACAGGAGCCAAGCCUGUGACUCGGGUUGAAAACGAAUGCAAGAGAGCUGCAAGCAAAAUUGAGCUAUUUUAGUCAACUAUGCACAAGACUGACUGAUCGACGUAGAGCAUUGUAAGGAAUAAGAAAGAUAACAUAAUGCACAUGUUUUUUUAUUGUAUAUUAAAGAAUAAUGCAUGUAC